AUUUAUUUAUUUAUUUGGAGGUGAAACAGCAUUGAAAAGAAAACACCGGCUAUGCACGGAAAGCUUUCGUUGAAACUUUGGUCAUCGUUCAACCUGGAAUUGCAUUCUGGAUGUAAUGCAUGAGGGCCUUGGUCUAACUCAGGCAACCAAAAGACUUGCCAUCAGUGAGUUACUCAGCUCAGAAGACAGAGGAUGUCAGAAACUGAACCCAAUGUUGAAGUGAGCCGUUUGAAGCUGACCCUUGAUGAUUUGGAACAACUGAGUAAGGAGGAACUCAUCAUCCGAUGGAACGAACAGGACCAUUACAUCGACUACUUGGAAGACAAGCAGGCUACUGUUCCUGAAAAGAAGGAUGAACCUAAUCAACAAGAAAUUAUUGAAAAACUGAGGACCCAGCUGUUGGAAGCAGCAAGGAAGGAGAGUGUUCUUGUCAUGAGACUUACAACAAAAGAGCAGGAGCAUCAAGAUCUCUUGCCAGCUUCAGCUGCCCUUGUGUUUUGCCUGCUGGAUCUCUUUGCUUGUUCUGGGACCAUUCAGUCUCUGUGAAAGAAAAAUAACCAGAUUAAUGAGCUCAAGGCUUCACAGACACCAGGGAUCUCAUCCCUUCGCUCACACCUGAUGGACCCUGCCGUGAAUUUAGUGUCGUGCCGCCUGAAGCGGGACCUGGACGACCUCAAGCGUCGCCUUGAAGAGACACAGAAUGAACUGAAUGCUUGGAAGUUCACCCCCGACAGCAACACAGGCAAGCGACUGAUGGCCAAGUGUCGGCUGUUAUACCAAGAGAAUGAAGAGUUGGGGAAGAUGGUUUCUGCUGGGCGUGUUGCCAAGCUUGAGGGUGACCUUGCUCUGCAAAAGAACUUCUCAGCUGAGCUUAAGAAAUCCCAGAGUGAGCUGGAGGAGUUCCUGAGUGAGCUAGAUGAGGAUGUUGAGGGACUCCAGAGCACUAUCUACUACCUGCAGAAACAGCUUCAAGAAACUAAGGACCAAGUGGAGCAGUUGAUCCAUGACAAUGAGGCCUUGAGGCGGACUCAGUCUACUCAACCAGCUGCAGCCAAUAUUGAAGAGCUCACAAAUGGACCCAUAGCCAUUGAUCCAGAUGAGUCCAUAGAACAGGGUGAAAUGCUUGAGCCUGAAGAUAUACCCAAAGAAGUGGAGAUACAGGAAAAUAACAACAUUGAUGAGGGUGAGGAUGAGGUACAGACUCAAGAGUCAGCCAGUGAAGGACAUGGCGAAGAGGUGGAAGAGUUAGAGGAGGAGGUGCAGGUGGAGGAAGAGGAGGAGGAGGAGACUCGAGCUGAAUCCUCACAGGCAAUUGAAGCAGAUGAUGCAACUAUGGAUUCAGAAGAGGGAACCCAGUCAGAACUGGUGAGCAGUUCACGUGAUCAGUCAUCGCAUGCUGCUGCUUGUGUGGAGUAUGACUUGGAAUACAGCCAACUUGACACAGAGCAACCUGAUAGUUCUGGGUUGAAGAACCACCAUCAUAGCAACAAUGCUGCGUGCUAUGGCAUGCGGACGCGUUCUGCUCGCAAGCGGCAGUCCAACAACCAAGACUUCUCUGUUUCCAGCAGCAACAAUGGCCAUAAUAGCAGUAAUAGCAACAAACGAUUGGUGGAUGGACCACUGCCUCCACGGACUUCAAAGCGGCUGCGUUAUGCCCAAGAUGAGGCGAACCAGGAACCAGAUGAGGGUCAGAGUUCCUCAUUGGCCAGCCUAACAAAUGGCUUGACCCAGGACAGUGGCUCCAUCGAUGAAUAGUUCUCCCCUGUCCUUGUGGCUUUUUUUGUGUUGACCCUAUUAUAGAGUGGAAUGGCAAAUGUGCACACAUACGUAAAUUUGUAAGGGAUGGGAAAAAAAUUUUUUUUGCUAAACCUGGUCAGGAUUUUGUCUUGCUCCAGUCAGAUUCUGUUCUUGCUUCUCAUCAGCUACCUUGUGAUCAUAUUUUUUUUUGCAAAAUUGGGGGGAGAGGGGGGAAAGUUACCUGUAAGCUUUUUUUCCUAGUACAUCUGAGUAAGGUCCUCAUGUUUUCAAAGAGUAAUUUUUGUUAGAAGUCAAAUCAACAGCAAUCCAUUACAUAGAGAUUACAGAGUAAUUGAAAUUGGGGAGCCGAUGGGGUAGCAGGCUAUGUGCACCACUCCUACAAUCAGCCAAUAAAUUUUGCUGACUGGGCCCAGUUCUUAUGUUCUUCAGUGAACUUGAAAGAGAAAGGAAAUAAAAGGAAAUUUUAUGCUCUC